CACGUGACGUGUGUGUGGACAUUUUAACCCGGAAGUCAGGUGAGCUUCAGGUAGCUGUCGAAACAAAGAGGCGAAGGAAACACCUCGAAACCGCGGGCAGGAAUCCGAACUGAUCUGAAGAUGGAUAUCAGCCAGGAGCGGAUUGUGUCGGUGCUGGUUGAAGAAGGUGGGAAGAUUAAAAACUCGGACUUGUUGAAUAAGUUUAAAGGCCCAUUAAACUGCAGCGAUCCAGCCGAGAAGAAGCAGAACAGAGAUCUGUUCAAGAUGAUCAUCAACAACCUCGCCGUGGUGAAGGAAAUCGAGGAGGUGAAAUACAUCGUGCUGAGGAAGAAGUUCCAGCAUUUAGUGCAGCUCAGGUCAGGGGAUGGGGGUGAAGAGCAGGAGGUGGGAGGAGGUGCUGAGCUGGAGCAUGAGGAGCUGAAGCCUGCAGCAGAGCACAAGCAGCACAGAGAGGUGUGUGAGCACGAACAUGCCGAUGAAGCACCUCCUGAUGAGAACAGAUCACAGCAGAAAACUCCCUCGGACAGUGAAGCUGAGUCCUCAGACAGCACUCCAGCUCCCUCCUUCAUUGAGCUGGCUUUACAAAGACAGAAGUCUACAGACGUCAAGGUGAAGAAGUCACUGCACUUCGUAAUGCCUCUCAAAUCCGGUACCGACGACGCACAGAAGCACAGACCUGCCUGCGCCAACAACCCUGAGACGAGCUCACACAAACCUUUCUUCCUGCCGUUACGCAUGCCUCCCGUGGUGAUCACGCCUGUGGCACAGGAAGAGACGAAUAAAAUGAAAAUUCCACCAGAAGACAACAAUCCAGUCAAGGUUCACUUGGCUCCAGUGAACUCCGUGCCAGGGCCUCCCUGCUCACCUAGAUAUAAGAGACGCUCGUCUGUGGACAGCGUGGGAAUCGGCAGCUCUCCACAAUCACGGAGACACUGCAAAAGUGCUAAACCUGCAGACGAGCCCAAGUACAGUGACACCGUCCCGCUAGAAAGCUCUGAACACGAGUGGAUGGUGGUGUCUGCGUCAGGACGCUGGAGUUUAGUGUACGGCCUGCUGCUGAACGACGCCCAGCUGGCGGAGAAAAAGGAUUUCAUUUCGGGCUUCACGGCCCUCCACUGGGCAGCUAAGUGCGGAAACUGCGACAUGCUGUGUAAGAUCAUUGACCUGUCCAGGAAGACCGGCAAGGGCGUGGACGUCAACACCAAGUCGUACGCCGGCUACACCCCGCUACACGUCGCCGCCAUCCAUGGUCAAGAGUACGCCAUAGGCAUCCUGGUGAAUGAAUAUGGUGCCAACUAUAAUCUCCGGGAUAACUCUGGGAAAAAGCCGCACCACUACCUGGACAAAGGUGCCUCACACUCGAUCCGAGAGCUGCUUGGAGGGUUGAAGGUGGUGCCUGCUGAGCCGCAGAAGAACCCCGAGGACACUGACGCUCACAAACACACUCACACCAUCAGCCGACUCUUCCAGCCACAAACAAUAGGCUACAAGAAGAAGCCCAAAUCCAGAAGCAGUUUCUUGUCCAUGGUGGAGGAUGCGAAGGAUGAAAAGAGCGAGCAUUCGAACCCCGUGCACAGGGUUUUUUCUGAUGUAUUUUCCUAAAGGUGCUCUAUAUGUGCACAAACAUACUCUGUGACCUAUAACGUUGUCGAAAGAGCUGAAAUUAGUGCCGUUUUAACCUGUAAUUAACGUACUCUUGCACAUAUUUUAAUAAUACCUUUUUAAAUUCAGAAUGUUUUUGGUCUAAGGUUCAGUAUUAGUGUAGAUUUUGACUCAUUUAUGUUCCUGUUCUCACUUGUCUUGUAUAAACACUGUGAGAAAUUUAUCAACUAGCCGAUUAUUGUUUACUUAUAAUAUAUAAUUUAGUAAAUGAAUGAAUUUGUUAAAACUCAUGUACUGGCAUUAUGGGUGAUUUAGGUUAAAGAUAAAUAUAUUAAUUCUUACUUGUGAAUUUAAAUAAUGCUUUUUGAAGUUUGAUUAGUAGACCUGGUGAAUUAAACCUGUAUGGACUUGUCAUAGUGGCAAACAAUUUACUUCUAUAACAAGUGCCACAAAUGUUCAUGAAUAAUCAUCUGAUUCAAAACAAAUGGCACCUCUGAAGAUUUCUUAUUAAUGUACAUAAAUACUGCAUGUGCCACAUUUUCAGUGAUACAUUAUGGACACUAUGUGCAAUAAUGUGACUAAAACAUACACACUGUAAUAUAUGAGAUUUACUCUCAGUAUCACAUUGUGAGUGUGUAAAAAAUAACUUCAACCACUGUAUGAAUAUUCAUAAUAAUAAUAAUAAAAAAAUCAUGUAACCACUGUUUGUAGGGAAGUCUUAUGCCUAUGUAAAAAUCUAUAUUUGUAUAAAAUUAUUGUAACUGGAGACGAAGGACUGUUUAAGUGUUGCUCUCUGAGAUGAGACGAAAUCAAGUAUUUGCACAAUAAUGUAUAAGCAGUUAAUGUUUCAGCUGAAAUUCGCCUAGCUCCGCGGAGCUCAGCAUGAAUUUGCAUGUACGUAGCUGUGGUGGCCAAGAUCAGCCACAUGUUCCUUCAUCGAGCUGGUCAUGUGACUCAUUUUACACUUAACUGAGCAAAUGUGGUUAAGGCUAAACAAAGCGUGGACCUGCUGUGGUUGCUGCUGCUGUUUCUACUGCUGAGAUCAGAACAGUAUGAGGGUUUUGCUAUAAUUGCCAAGUUUAAAAUUGUGAAAGAAGAUGCCAGCCCUUCUAUCUGUGUGUGUGUGUGUGUGUGUGUGUGUGUGUGUGUCAGUCUGU